GAAAGGAACGAAAGGAACGAAAGGAACGAAAGGAACGAAAGGAACUACGAUAUGCAAGUAUUAGAGAGUACUAGCUUGUAAAUUUGACUCAUCAGGGUUUCUUUACGAACAGAAAUUAUUGAAAUGCAAACCAAUUUUGAGAACAAAGUUACCGAAACCUACGAACGAGCGUUUAGACGCGGAGAGCUAUAUUUUGUAGAAAGCACUAUUGCUAAUAUAACAGAGAAUGAUAUUGAGUUUGAAAUACGUUUUGCUCCUAGUUUAGCAAAAAAACCUACAGCUGAGCAAACGGAAGAAAGCCCAUUAAAACAUAAGGCUGAUCCAUUCGCACCAUAUAAUCAAGAACUCUUUGUACAGGAAUUUGAGAACCACGUUAUUUUAUUGAAUAAAUUUUGCGUAGUUCCUAAUCAUGUCUUGGUUGUUACCAAAGAAUAUGAAGAACAAUCGAAUCUUCUUAAUCAAGAAGAUCUUGCUACUAUGUGGUAUUGCAUGAUGCAAACCAAGAGUCAAAGUACGAUUGCUUUCUAUAAUUGUGGUAGCCUUUCUGGUUCAAGUCAGCCACAUAAACAUAUGCAAGUUAUUCCCUUACCGAGUAAUGUCCGUUUUAGUCCUCCAAUUAACGCUAUUAUUUACAAAUAUCAGAAUAAAGUGCCAGGUGAAAUUUUUAAUUUUUCAGAAUUGCCUUACGUUCAUUAUGUGACUCUACUAGAUCCUCAACAAUUGAGCGGACAUCAUGGCCAUAAUUAUAAAGAGACUGUUAGUCAAUAUUUGACUGAAAAUUAUCUUUCAUUGGUAAACACUAUGGCCGAGGGAUUUCGCGCUUCAUCAUUGACUGAUCCUUUUUCAUACAAUUUUUUGAUGACUCACACUUGGAUGAUGAUAGUGCCAAGACGUGGCGAGAAAUAUGGGCAAAUUUCUGUUAAUUCCCUUGGAUUUGCGGGGAUGCUUUUGGUAAAGAGUGAGGAAGAAUUAGAAUUUGUUAAAAAUGUUGGGUUACUACGUGUUUUAGAAGGCGUAGCUGUCUCAAAGGAUAAAGACCAAUUAAUCGAUAAUAUCCAUAUUUCAGUAUGAUUAGAGACUGCAUAAUGUGCAUUUUAUUAUUAUUGUAAGUUGUCUCUUCGCCAAUUAUUGGUUUGGCUGAUAUCUAACCCAAAUUGUAUUUAUUAUAAUUAUUAAAAAAUUACAUUAUCGCCAUAUUAAUAAAACAAACGUAAUAAUUAAAAUAUGUUUUUGCUACUUAGCCAGUCUGAGAUGCAUAUCUUAGCAGAUAUUUGAUUUUCUUUCUGGUAAAAAAAUUUUUUACCAGGAAACAAUAAUCAUUAUAAGGAUUCAACCAUUAAAAAGACUGCAUAAGAAAUUAAAUUACUAUCCGCAUCGUACUUAUCUUUUAUUAGGCUUAUUGAUUUUAUAACGCUAUAAAAGGGUUUAUACGAAUA